GCUCACAAUGUGGCAUGCAUAAUAGAAAUCUGCAGACAAACAGUCAUCAUGUCUAGUCAAGAUAUAGACAUGGAUUCUGAUUUGUUUGCAGCUGCCAUUUCAGGCAAAAGAGAUAUUCUUAAGAUAAAGCACAGCAGAACGGCAGUGGGAGAUCAGCUCACACCAACAAAAAAUACAGUCCUUCAUCUUGCAUCCGAGUCGGGCCGAGAAGAAUGUGUUGAGCAGAUUCUCAGAACAUUCCCCGAUCUUUUGUGUAAAAAAAAUUCAAAAGGCGAAACGGCUCUUCAUGUAGCUGUCCGAGGCGGACACUUGAAUGUUGUUCGCGUGCUUCUUGAUUAUGCAGAAAUAGCAGACGAGGAGAGCUGGAAGAAAAAAUUAGAGGAGAGCGCGGAGAAGAAAUUAGACAAGGAGAGCGUAGAGAAGAAUGAUCAUAGGCGGCUAAUGAGGAUGCUGAAUAAAGAACAUGAGUCGGCUCUGCACGAAGCUGUUCGACAUAAUCAUGUGAAUAUCGUGAAAUUUUUGGUGGAAAAAGAUCCGGACGAUAAAUAUUCGGCGAAUAAGCAUCACAUGACUCCUAUUUACUUGGCUACUUUCAAAGGACAUGUUGCCUCAUUAGAGAUCAUCUUCUCGAAAAAGAAAGAGUUUGGCUCUGAUGAUCGGCCUGAUGGCAGAACACUUUUACAUGCUGCUGUUAUGAGCAGAUCCACCGAUUGUGUAAGAUAUAUACUGAAGAACAGAUCGAAUUUGACGAGUGCAAAGGACAAAGAUGGAUGGACACCGUUACACUAUGCGGCGUAUUUUGAUUUCUCUGCAAUCAUAAAAGAUAUUAUUACUGGACAAGAAAAAUCCAUAGCUUACGAAACAGAUAAAAGCUGUGGAAGAACUGCUCUUCACAUUGCAGCUCAACUUGGAAAUCUUGCUGCAGUGAAACAACUAAUCCAAUACUGUCCCUAUUCCUGUGACAUGGUUGACAAAAAAGGUAGAAAUAUAUUGCAUCUCGCGGUGGAGUAUGAUCAUAAGGCCGUGAUUGAAUAUAUCUUAAAGAGGUGUCCGAUGAUUCAAAGCAUUUUGAAUCAGAGGGAUAAGUUUCUUUUAAAUGUUGAUAAGGGUAUCAGCACCAACACAACAGCUUUGAAUCAAAAAGAUAAGUUUCUUUCAGAUGAUGAUAAGGGUGUCAGCAACAACACACCUCUUCAUUAUGCCGCGAAGCAUGGUUGUUUCGUGCCAUCACUUAUAAAACAUAAGUUGGUAAAUAGAGAUGCUUUAAACAAGGACAGUCACACUCCUCUUGAUCUAAUUUGUGGCGAUAAUUCUGGAAGUGGAAGUGAACAGGAGAAAGUUAAAAAUUUACUUGUACAGAUAGGUGCUGCUCAGAACUUGAACCUCAGCAAAGAACUUGAUAUGUACAAGUGUUUGCCACGUCAAUAUGCGACUGAUGAAAACCUUGAAAUGACGAGGAUAUUAAGUGGGACACGUAAGUUCGUUGUUGCAUUCAUCGCAACAAUAAUGUUAGCAGUUGCAGCAAACUUAUUCAACUUAUCAGGCCACAACUCGCAUCAAAAUGAUAGCUACUUGUGAGAAUGACGACAAAAAGAAGGCUUUCAGUCUAUGACUAUGCUUGGACCUGAUCUGUUAUCUCUGAAGCUUUAAAGCAAAUAAGCCAAUAAUGAUGAUCUAAUAAAAAAGUUAUUAUAGAAUAAUUACAUUGUUUUACUUC